CAAAAAGCCAAAAAUGAGAAGGUAAAGAACAUGUGCUUCGUCACGCUACCAUUCGCUCCUGAUUCAGUGAUUCUGGCCCCGUUCCAGCAAACUGCAUUUACAAGCGACCAUUGUCGGUUUUAUAUGUAAAUAUCUUCUACAAGUCAAGCCUCAAUGGAGAAUAUGGCCACAGCUCUUCUAGCAUAGUGCACACUUCGCCCUCUUCCCGUUUCGGAGAAACCCUUUCAUCAUCUGAUUUUUGAGUUACAUGUUGGAUUUUUGAAUAUUUGCGUGUGAAUUGACUUUCUGGCUAGCAAUGGCGAAUCGAAAUGGUAAAUGGGUCGGAGAAGGGUUCGUAACCUACGCCUAUAUUUUGCUCUAUAUCGCGCUCUCUAGUGGCCAGAUCUUCUUCAACAAGUGGGUUCUGUCGUCAGAGGAAAUUAAUUUUCCAUAUCCUCUUGGAUUGACCCUACUUCACAUGGUCUUCUCCUCUGUAUUAUGUUUUAUGCUUACGAAAGUUCUCAAGAUUAUGAAAGUUGAAGAAGGGAUGACUUUGGAAAUAUAUAUAUCUUCAGUCAUCCCAAUUGGUGCUAUGUUUGCUAUGACUCUUUGGCUUGGAAACACUGCUUACCUCUAUAUAUCUGUUGCAUUUGCUCAAAUGUUGAAAGCAAUCAUGCCAGUUGCUGUUUUCAUUCUUGGUGUAGCAGCUGGACUUGAAAUAAUGAGCUGCAGGAUGCUUCUUAUAAUGUCAGUGAUUAGUUUCGGUGUACUGGUAGCUUCAUAUGGGGAAAUAAAUAUUAACUGGGUUGGUGUUUUCUACCAAAUGGGAGGUGUUGUUGGAGAAGCUUUGAGGCUAAUAUUUAUGGAGAUUUUGGUGAAAAGGAAGGGUCUCAAAUUGAACCCUGUAUCUGUGAUGUACUAUGUUAGCCCCUGCAGUGCUGUUUGCCUCCUAAUUCCCUGGAUCUUUCUAGAGAAGUCAAAGAUGAAUGCACAUGGGACCUGGAACUUCAAACCUCUUGUCCUGACUCUUAAUUCUCUUUGUACUUUUGCCCUCAAUCUUUCAGUUUUUCUCGUCAUCUCGCAUACAAGUGCUUUGACUAUUCGUGUGGCAGGAGUUGUCAAGGAUUGGGUUGUAGUUCUACUAUCAGCCAUUCUUUUUGCAGAUACAAAACUGACACUUAUCAAUCUGUUUGGUUAUGCAAUUGCUAUUAUAGGGGUGGCUGCAUACAAUAACCACAAGUUGAAAAAGGAAGCUUCUCGAGCUGUGAGUUCAGACCAGCCUGUUGAAUCACUCCCACUAGUUUCAUCUCAAACUUCAAAUAAGUAAAGCUGUAUAACCAGCAGUUUCACACACUACCUUGGUGUGUACUGUAACUUUAUUUCCUCAAGUUCUCUUCCUCACUCGCUGGGGGUGGUGGUGAUUCAGACAAGUGGUACUCUGAUUCUGUGCAGUAAUCUCUGAGAUCUUUUCUGAUUCUGUGUGGUGGUUCCAUUUUGGUAUUAUGUGGCUGUGAAAGAUAUGAAAAACCUCAGCACUUGUAAUGUUGAGAUUGAUACCUCUAAUUUUCACACACAGAGUUUGCGUCUUCAGACUAUAAGGAAUUCUUAUAAUUGAAAUGUGUAUUUGAAACAAUUAUUGGAUUAAAUUCCUGCUGAGGAUUUGCUAUAGCAUUUGAGUUCUCAUGAUGAACAGAGUUCUGUGAACACCUGUAUAAUGCAGUUGCAGUAGUUUAACCUCAUUGCAUUUUUUUU